UGCUCACUACCUAUGGUCUUUCCUUAAUUGAAUGCUUUGGUAUACAAUCAAAAUAUCCCUGCUUGCAAGGAAACCAAUGCCAUAAAAUUUGGGUGGAGAUGAAUGAUGCAGAAGUUCUGAUUCUCUUUUCAGGAUAUCUGUCAGAUCCUUUGUCUACAUCCUAUUUUAGUUUUAUCAUGCUUUGAUUCUCCCAUACAAUUGUUUUGACCUUUCAUUACAUUGGAGAAACAAAAAGUUUACAGACACUCCAGUAUUUGUUAUCCACAUUCAAUACAGAGCUCUCAUGGCAAAUAUAAUGAGUUUUCAGAGAUGGGUUUCUCCUGGAAUGAGCAUAGCAAGACAGAUGAUAGCUAUACUGUUCAUUUGCUGUAUGGUAGUACUUUCCUGUCCUGUGAUUGCUGAAAAUGGGCAUGAACAGCAGCAGCUGCAAUUAUACAAAGGAUAUUACAGAGCUAGCUGCCCCAUGGCAGAAACCGUGGUGAGGUCUGUGAUGGAGAUGGCUAUGAAAAGAGAACCCAGAAAUGCUGCUUCUGUUCUACGCCUGCAAUAUCAUGACUGCUUAGUUAAUGGAUGUGACGGUUCUUUGCUUCUGGAUGAGACUUCCACCAUGGCUGGAGAGAAGGAUGCACUAUCCAACAUAAACUCAUUGAGGGCAUAUGAUGUAAUAGAUGAAAUCAAAGAGGCUCUGGAGAAAGUUUGCCCUAAUACAGUAUCCUGUGCUGACAUUCUCAUCAUUGCAGCAAGGGAUGCUGUAAUUCUGAGUGGUGGUCCAUUCUGGGAGGUGUAUGUGGGAAGAAAAGACAGUCUAAGUGCAAGUCAAAAUGAUUCAAAUGAUAUAAUGCCAAGCCCCAGAUCCAAUGUUACAGCUCUUGUCCAGCUUUUCAAGAAAUAUGAUCUAUCUGUAACCGACUUGGUUGCACUUUCAGGUACUCACACAAUUGGAAAGGGACGAUGCUUUUCAAUUAUGUUUAGGCUUUAUAAUCAAAGUGGAUCGGGUCAUCCAGACCCAACAAUAAAUUGUGAAUACAGACACUAUUUAGACACACAAUGCCCUCAUGGAGUGGAUGGGAAUGUGACUCUUGAUCUUGAUGUGGGCUCUCCUACAAAAUUUGAUAACAGUUACUUUAAGAAUUUGGUGUUGGGACAAGGCUUGCUCAAUUCAGACCAAGUCCUCUUCUCCACACUAGGGGAAACUAGAGACUUGGUUUAUUUUUUUAGUCAAGACGAGUCUGCUUUCUUCUCUGCCUUAAUUGAUUCCAUGAUCAAGCUUGGCAAUCUUCCUCCCUCCUCAAAUAAUGGAGAAAUAAGGAAAAAUUGUAGACGAGUUAAUUAAGGUAUUGUAAUUGUAGUUGUAUAUGAUAUCUUCAUGAUGAUCACCCCCUAACCACCCUAAUUUAUGAUUUAUCAUAAACCUUAUUAUAAGCGUCUUUCCAAUUACUACUAACAACACCUAAAGUAAUACCAAAUGCAUAAUAGAUGCACAUGUGUGUGCACACACACGUAUAAAUAUUUUGCAUAUUAAUUAUGUGUGGGACUUAUAGGAGAUUACUAUUAAUAUUAAUAUUAAUAUUUGUGUCUA